AUGCCGACAUCCAAGAACACCCCGCCUACCCCAAUCAUCGAUAAAGUCUACUCCCAAGGGGACUUCACUAUCAUCUCAAGCGAUAGCAAGCCCGUCAAGUUCCAGCUACCCAGCUACUAUCUGCUGGCAGCGAGGGGCAUGCAGACCGGCGCUCCCCCUCGCCCCUUCCACAUCGAUAUGACGGACAAGGAGUUCGAACACGCCGAGGCUCUACGUCUAUGGCUGGACUUCGUGACAAAUCGAGGCAUGACCAUCGACUCGACCUUCAUCGGCAAAGCUCGGAACGUCCUGCACCUCGCCCGCAAAUACGAUUGCUCGGCCAUCGCCCGCUCCGUUAUCGCCCUCGCGCAUACGGCGCUCGAGAAGACACCCACUCUUGCGCAGCAGAUCAUUGUGCUCGCCGCGCAAUGCGAUGAGCCAGACUUGGUCGCGAAAGGGAUUCGGGCCUAUAAGCCGGGGGACGAACCCAACUAUCAUGGGUCUAGGCACUCCCCCCGACACAUCGCAGGUUCGACGGGUGCGCAACUCAUACCCAGUCUCGAGCACGUCCGCGUCGAACCCUCGACAUGGCCCUUGUCCGACUGGCAAGGCACGCCUCUCACGUACAUCUGGACCAUCAAUCGCGCUCUCACUCUGGCGUCAUCACGAGCCGAGCAGGGAGACGCAUUUUUGAAGCUGAUUGAGGCGGCAAAGGACCUGGAGAGAAAGGCUGCGUCGGACUCAAAGAAGCGGAAGUUGACUUCAGUGCCAGGGCUUGGCCUGUUCAGCGGCGAGUAA